GUGGCGAGAAGGACGAAGGAGAAGAAGUGCAAGAUCUUCGGAGGACGGAGUCUGACAGCGUGUUGAAGAAGGGAGGAACAGCUAACUUGAUGUUUGUGCUGAAGAGAAACAAUGAGCAGGUCCUCCAGAGCAUAACUCAGCUUCACAGCUUGCUGGGCUUACUACAGGCUGUGGUUGUGCAACAAGACACCUACAUCGAAGACCAGAAGCUGCUGCUCACCGAGAAGACCUUGAGCCGCAUCUCCUUCCGGCCCAACUCCUUGAUCGAGCAGGAAAAGCAACGCAGCCUGGAGAAGCAGCGGCAAGAGCUCGCCAAUCUGCAGAAGCAGCAAACUUUGCACCAGGAGGAAAGGAGGAAGAAGGAGAAGGAGUGGGAGGCCAGGGAGAAAGAGCUGACCGAGUGGGAGUCCCAGCUGAGCCAGAGGGAGGAGCAGAUCCAGAAAGGGCAACACAGCCUGGAGAAGGAGCGGGAAGAGCUGCAGCAGAAGAAAGCAGCCUACCAACUCGAUCUGGAACAUCUCCGGACGGCCCAGAAGCAACUGGAGAAAGAAAAGGAGCAAAUAUCUCAACCCCCGUUGGAACCCAAUGUCAAACCGAAUCCCAAUCAACAUGCCAAAAUGAGCAGAACCCCUUCCCUUCUUCCCACAGAGGACUUGUCUUCGAGACAGUUGGGUUCCUCGCUGUCCAAAGGGCCCUUGGAUACAGAACUUUCUGCCUCAUCCAAAAGGAACAGUCUCUCAAGGACGAAUAAAGAAAAGAGCUCUUUUAUGCUCACUCUCCAGAAGGAGCACCAGAAAGCGAGGAAAUCUUUUGCUGAUCCCAUGCCUUGUCUCCAGCCAGGCCCCUUACAGAUCUGCCCUACAGUGAGAGGCCAAAGAAUCAAACAACUCUUCUUUAUUCUAGACAUUGAACUAUGUUGGGCUUUAUCACCUUUCACUCCUACAAUCCACUGUCCAUUCCCACUUCUGGAUCUUCUUGAAUACAUCACAUCUGAAAACAUGUUAACAAGGGCAAGAUGA